AUGUCCGCCGUAGAGAGCCCCGAUUGCGCACCGGUUUCCAAUGGCCUCAAACAUCGGAGGAAUUCAACCGUUCUCAACCCGAGAUCCUAUCUAACAGAAGAUCUCUGGAAGCAAGCUCCGAUCCUAACAGGAACAACGCAAUUUGAUCCACGAGAGGAUGCGCGCAACAUUCUCGUAACAGGCGGGGCAGGCUUCAUCGCGUGUUGGUUCGUCCGACACUUGACCCUCACGUACCCCGACCACUAUAAUGUCGUCUCGUUCGAUAAGCUCGACUACUGCGCAACACUGAACAAUACGCGCGUCCUCGAUGGCCGCGCCAACUUCACAUUCGAGCAAGGCGACAUCACGUCUCCUUCAGAUGUUAGGAGAGUGCUGCGAAAACACCAGAUCGACACCAUCUUCCACUUCGCAGCCCAAUCGCACGUAGAUCUCAGCUUUGGCAACAGUUAUGAGUUCACGAACACGAACGUAUACGGGACACAUGUUUUGUUGGAACGGGCGCGGGAGCAUGGCAUCUCCAGGUUCAUACAUAUCUCGACGGACGAGGUGUAUGGAGACGUACCGGUUGGUGCAGCGGAUCUCAGCGAAACGAGCAUUCUGGCUCCCACAAACCCAUACUCAGCUAGCAAGGCUGCGGCGGAGAUGAUGGUGAGCGCGUAUCGGGCGAGCUUCAAGCUCCCCUUGAUCACUGUGCGGGCCAACAAUGUUUACGGUCCUCAUCAGUUUCCAGAAAAGAUUAUACCCAAGUUCAUCAUGCUUUUGCAGCGCAGCAGAAAGCUCCUUGUUCACGGCGAUGGAUCACCCACCCGGCGGUAUCUUUACGCAGGCGAUAUCGUAGAUGCGUUAGACACGAUCUUCCAUAAAGGCGACGUCGGACAAAUAUACAACAUUGCGACCUCGGAUGAGAUCUCCAAUACGGAAAUCUGCCACAAACUAUUAGACCUGUUCAAGCUUCCGCACGAGACGCCAGCAGAGCUCGAGAAAUCGGUGCAGUACACGGAAGAUCGCCCUUUCAACGAUCAGCGAUACGCGACCGACGGAACGAAGCUCGCUGCAUUGGGCUGGCAGCCAACGACCAGCUUCGAUGAUGGUCUGAGGCGGACGGUAGAAUGGUAUCGGCGAUUUGGUGAGGUAUGGUGGGGUGAUAUCAGUCGCGUUCUUACGUCGUUUCCGGUGGUGGAGGGCACGGAAAUAUGGACCAAGGAGGAGCAUGAGGCGCUGGCAUCGGACGACGAGGUCUUGCUUGAAGAUGGCAAUGUAGCUGGUGGUACGACGUGGACGAAGAAGGCUUCUCAGCACCUUGAAGAAGAGAUUGAAGGAUCCCACAAGCAAUAG